AGGUAUGACUAGUCAAGCCAUGAAUUACACUGUGCCUUCAACAAAGUACACUCCUGAGCACACCCGCUACGGUAUGCCACAAAAUGGAGUUGCAUUACCUGCUACCAGGUAUACCAUUCAUGAGUGGACAGGUUCAAAUGCCAACCAGUACCUGACCUCGAGUACUGAGAGGACAUCAUCCAACAACCUACGUCUAGAAGCUGAGAGGCUAAGGUGCGAGACAGCUGAUAGAACCAGGAGGACCCAGAAUGACAUUAAUGUCAAGCUCCAGGACCGAAUCGAUAACAUCACCUACUGGAAGACGGAGGUUGACAGGCAGCUUCAGAAAACCGACCAAGAAAUUGCUAAUCUAAUGUCCUCCAAGAAACAGCUUGAACAGGCUCACGUGGCAACCCAACUUCCUCAUGAGGUGGCUACGACUUGUCUCAAGCACAGAGAAGGCAGAUUAUCUAUUGACUUGGUCCACGAUGACGUAGAGGUUCAACUGUUGAAGGAGGUUGAGAUGAUCGAGAACAUUCAGGCGCUUCUUCAACAGAGGAUCCUGGAGAGUGACCGACAACUGAGUGAGCUGAGACACUGCAAGAGCAAUCUGGAAAUGGACUUGAAGGACAAGUGCACUUCUUAUGGUCUUGACUCUCGAUGUGCUGGCCUAAGCAACGGAUCCCUUGGAAUGUCUCUCCACAACAACUCUGUCAAGAUUGAUCCUAAGUCUGCUACUCCAGUUUCGUACGAAGCUUUCUCUCACGACAACAUCACAAACGCUGAGAAGCAGCGCGUGUCCUCGUGCCGUCAGCGUGAGCUGAACGAGCACACCAUGCACCAGACUUCCAACGACCUGCACAAGCAGGCUGAGACCGUCAACGAGUCUUUCCGAAUCCGAACAAAGGAGAUGAUCGUUGCCAAGACAAACCUAGAGGAAAAUCUCAAUCAGACAUGCCUGGAGAUCGGUUCAAUGAACGAGAAUAUUGCUGCUCUAAAGGAGGCUAUACGACUGAAGGAAUCCCCAAUGAGAGUUGCACACAUGAGACUCAACACCCGUUCUUACAGACCCAACAUUGAGCUUGUUCGUGACCCCGUACAAUAUGGUCUUGUUGAAGAAGUGGCUCAAAUCACCGACUCCAUUGAAGCUCUGGGUUCUAAGCUCAACGAAAGCAACGCCAAGCUUCGUAACUUAGAGUCAAACAAGAAAGCUCUUGAGGAAGACAUUGCAGUAAAGACAAACUCUCUGAACAUUGACCAGUCUCAGUGCCUGAGACUCCGAAAAACCCUUGUUUGGAGAAGGCAUGAAAUUAACUUUUAAUGAGGUAGAGUCAGACAGCGCAGAAAAACUCACUCAUAGUCAAUCUCAUAUAUACAACUACUAAACGAUGGGCUUCCAUUUAAUCACAAACUUCACAAACUUUGAUCGGAUUGUUUUGGCUCUGGAACUCUAAUAUACUUUAUUUUUGAACUGUUACGAAAAGCACAGUUUGGUGCCCUUUGAUUUUACGAAACUUCUGCGGUAUUUUGUUUUAUGAAUCAUUCUAUCCAGAUUCUACACAAACACAAAUAAAAUGACAUAUUGAUGAUGUCUAUAAAAAGUUACUACCACUUCAAUCAAGCAUGCUAAGUGGUCAAUGUUUAGCAUGUUUUUUGUGUCAUACAGUUUUUCUAACCACGUGUUUGCUUUUUAUUUUAGAUUGUGAUCUAAUCAUCAACUAUGAUCUUUAUAAGUUCAUGAGGGUGUCAACACAAGUUGCAUCGACAAAAUAAUGUUAUUUUCGGAUGUUUUUUGUGAACUAACUCAGUAACUCAUAUUUUUCUCCAGCUUCCGACCAGCAACGAUGUUCUCGGCAGGGACUGUCAGCCACAACAAGGUCCCCCUUAUCAUUUAGGAACUUCUGAAUUUUUCUUCAAAUUUGAUGUACCCUUGAACAUGAUUGUAUUAUACCACUAAGGAAGCGUGUAGUUGUAGAUUUUAGAAAUUUUACUUUAAAUAACCCGACCGGCCAUAUCACGUCAUUUUACUUUGUUUAAUUAAGUUAUUACUAUGUGAAUAAUCUGUAAUGAAUUGUACAUACAGCACCUCUUUUUGCACUAGAACCUUAACACUAUGUAUAUAUAAUGCGUAUUGAAUUAUAGUUUAUAAUCGGGUAUGCACAUUGCGCUUACUUACGUAGUGCUCGUGCUUAUCGAGUAGUGUGUUAGCAAUUAACUUUGAUUCUGAUGAUUUCGCUCCUUUGCUGCUCUGAAGAGUCCUAGAUAUAACUUAGUAACUCAUUAGAUGGAUAAAAGAUGAUACAAUUGCAUGUUACUAUAUUAGUGUUACUAUGCAGUACUUGGAUAGCCUUAGUCACUUUCCUUUCAACAGUCUCCAAUUCACGAUUAGAUUUUAGUAAUUAUUAAUUUCAAUUGGUACGACUCAGCACAUUAAACUUAACCUUUAAUUUUUUUUCUUUAAAUAAACUUGUGAUGCAAGGUGAAUUCGAUCAAUGAUAUGAUUAAUGGAUUUUAUGAAAAAUUGAAUAUGAUUUACAAGUUUAUAUGGUUCGGGUUAUUAGAAAGCCCAUAAUAUUAUCUUUGCUCCAAUUUUUGAAAACCUCGCCUCUAUCAAAUUGUAUACAUAUCCUGGAUGCCAGCAUCAAGCUACAAUUUCACUUUCAGCUUUAACAAUAUAUUCGGUUCGUUCUUUAUCUUCUACUGAUAUCUUCUUUUGCUCUUAAAACUGUAACUUAUAAUUUCAGAAUAAAUAAGAAAA